GUGUGUGUGUGAGAGGGAGGGACGGAGGGUAGAUAUAGAGCUGGCUGUGCUCUGUCUGUCUCCGCUCCGCUCUCCUCUCUCCUUCUCCGGUCAUGCUGAGCGUUGUGAGCAGCGCAGCCAUGCUGGGGGAGAAGCCCGCUUCCUCCGCCUCCUCCGCCUCCUUCGCCCCGGAUCCCCGCUCGCCCUCCGGCUGGAUGGGAGGCUCCGGAGCCGCAGUGCUGGCGUUGUGCAUGUUCGUGGCCGCGCUGUGCGCGGGCGCCGCGUUUCUCCUUUACCGGGCUGUUAGAGGACGCUUCGGGGGAGACACGAAGGACGCGGCCGGAGAGAAGCAGCACCGAGCCUUCGACUCAACCGAGUCAACAGAAGUAAGUGAUGAAGGCGGCUCGGAGGAGUGUGAAACUGAUUCCAGCGAAGCGGUGAUCCUGUCCACUGCCAACCACGCAAAAAUAUCCACGGGCCUUCCAGAGGAGGACCUGAGAGAAACCACCAUCAAGAACCUGAAUGAACCCACUGAGGAUCUUCAACCUGGCUUGGUAACACGAGACGACACGAGAGAAACGAAUGGAACUCAGUAUUCUGAGUGCUACAAGCGCGAAGGUGACACCGCUGAAAUCGUUAAGGUGGAGGCCGAUUUGUUUGAUUAUCAGCACGAGGGAAGCACGCGUGUCGAGGACUCUCUGAAGGAACGCGUGCCUGACGUUGAGGAGUUUGAAACGGAGUUGCACGGAGAUGUGGACGAGCCGUCUGAAACGGAGAGUGCCCAGGAGACUUUGGAAGCUAAAAAUGUUCCUGUUCACAAGUGCCAGUCUGUGGAGGAUCUGCUAGACAACACCCUCUUGGCUCCAGAUGUUGCAACCAAGCCUAGCAAGACUGAGCUUGCUGUGCCUGAGCCAGAGUUUUUGUCCAGCACCACGGAAGCCGAUCACAAGGCAACAAAGACGGAAGAUGAGGAGGCAUUUAAGAAAGGCUUUGAGGACAAUGUUGAGCGCCUUUUUCCUCAAGUGAGUGAGUUUGACUUGUGCUGUUAUGAUGAACAGUCACAUCUGCUAAGCUGUAAUUUGGUGUCAGACAAAACCGACAGCAUGCGGGAUGAGGUACAACGUCAGCAAGACUUUGGCAGCAGCAGCAACAGUUUGGGCAACGCUGUCCAAAACAGCAGGUACGACCCGUCUAACAGCAGGUACAACCCUGUUCUUGACCAUCCACAGCAAAGUUACUUGGGUUUCACCACAUCUAGCCUGCGAAGUGACUCCACAGGUCAGGUGCAGCUCCCAGAUGCGAGCAGGGAACGGUCAGUGGUCACGGUGGGCUGCAGUGUGAGUGCACCAGUGGAAACGAGCCUCGACAAGAAUGAGAUCAACAUCAUGGAGGCCAUUAUGGACAGCAACGAGUGGCUUAGCACUGGACCCCCAGACACCAGGGAACUCCCCUGGCUGACACAAGCGCAAAGUAACACCGGUUAUGGAUUUAAGACCAACACGUCCUUAGUGCCGCCUGUUACAAGUAAUGCCACAGACAUCUCCUGGCUAAAACCAGCUCCAGCUAGCACCAGCCAUGGGCCUGUCGCUGAAGAGAGCCAGUCACCCCAAGAAAAGACGGAAGGUUUCGUGGUCGCUCCGGAGGACACUGUCGUUGGUGUCGCCAAUGACGAGGAGGAUUUUCUGAAUAAGAAAGUGGCCGCAGUGUCACCAAUGCCUCAGAUGGUGCGGGUGAGCUUCAGGGUGCACUACGUCACACACUCCCCCAGCCAGCUGCUGGCCGUGACGGGGAGCCAGCAGGAGCUGGGCGCCUGGGAGAGCUUUUUUCCUCUUCAGCGGGUUGAAGACUGGUUCUGGGCCAACACCAUCACCCUUCCUACGGAGAACCAGGUGGAGUGGAAGUUUGUCCUGGUGGAGGACGGAAAGAUCAGGCGCUGGGAGGAGUGCGGAAACCGCCACCUUCUGGUGAUGGGACAAGAGGAGGAGAUUCGCCUCGAUAAGUGUUGGGGUUACAUGUGAAGUGGAGAAAUGACACGGUGACCUGAUUCCUUACAGCAAUAAGAAUAAUAAUCACAAUCGCGGGUGCGUUAUUCUAAACAGAUGUUAGCCUAAUUACUGAAUAUUAACAAGCUGUCCAAACGAAGCAUGAGGCUGUGGUACUGUUAAUGUAGCAAUAACCCAAUGUAUUUACAAAUAUGCACAUUUUCACUUCAGUCAGUGAUUCGCUUGUGUGUCGAUUUGUAUCCAAAUGUGUCUGUCCUGAUUAAGACUUUGGCAAUUUGACCAGCAAUAACUAUAUGUAAAUAACUAAUAGCUUGUCCCACCCUCCUCAGAGAUAUGGUCCACUUUCCCAGUGACUUAAGUGUAAUUGUUGUUAUGCGGUAUCGUUUUUUUCCGAGUAGAUGUUUAUGUAUAUAUCAGGAUAUUUUGUAUAUCGGCUAAUAAGAGCUGUAUCCUAUGUCUAAUAAAGCAGCAUCAGUAGCUAUUAACCGCGCUAAACUGUAUUUGCACAAAACUCGAAACGGCUCGGCGUCGGCGCUGAAGCUUUUCCUCGUGUUGUGACAUUGUGAAUGAAUCGGAUUUGCAUGCCGGCGUUGGUGUUUAUGUAAUCAGGGAAAGUAGCUCUUUCGGUGCCAGCGCACUGGGCCGUUGAGUUAUCGGCCUGCUUUCGGAGCACAGCAGUGAGCCACUCUUGCAGCCAAAAUCCCUUUCUCCCCCCACCCCGCUUCCCGAGAGCUUGGCAACGUGCUCCGAUGAACUGAUGAUCCGAAACCAGUUUGUCCCACCUUAUCCCACAUCCCAGUCCGUGAGCUUAGCUGAGUUAACUUUAAAAGUGCACUCCGGCCUAAAACCACAGUUUAAAAUGGUUACCGUUAUUUGUCAUGGCUUAGCUUCGUGUCCCUCGGCCUCUUCGGUUUAACGUGGUUUUUCAUGUCUUCCUUUAGCGUCUGCCUGUGGUGUCAACCAAUCCCACUUAAAUAGUACUAAAUAGUGUGUGUAUAUAAUAUAAAAGUACCUCAGUCUUCAGUCAAAAUCCUAAAGAAAACCAUCUUUCUGUCUUUUAGUACAAUAAGGGCACCAAGUUUUUACCCUUUCUGUCAGAGGAAGGAAGCUAAGCUGAGGCGAAGUAGGUGUAUAGCUUACUUUAGCUUUAGCCGCUGAACCACGCUAGCGUCCGUGUGAGUCUUACUUCAGUCUUCAAACGAAAUAAACAGCGGUUCCGUCUUUAUUUUGCGUGAGAUCAGUGCCAAGGACGUUUUUUUAAAAUCCUUUUAGCCCAAGAAAGAAGCCAAACUAAGGGGUCUAGAUUAGCUUAUUUCAGCAUUAGCCACUUAUCACUUGGUGUAAAUCGUACCUUCAUUUUCAUACAAAAUAGAAAAGAAACCACUAUUCUGUUAUUAUUCAUGACCGAAAUGGUUCCAGAGGAUUUUUUUACCAUUUCAGACAGAAAAAAGAAGAUAAACUGAGGUGGCUAAUGUAUCUAGAUUAGCUUAGCCUGCUGGAGAAAUAGCAGCGCACACCAGCAGGAACUCCCCGCUGGUCUAAACUGGUCUAAACUGGUCUAGCUGGUCAUCUCGCAUGGUCUUGCUGGUUAACCAGCAUACCAGCAUUAAAAACACAACAUUUGCUGGUUUUGCUGGUGGCCAGACUCUCUAGUCUGUUUUUUUUUUUCUAGCAGGGUGCUUUAGCUGUAGCUUUAGCUUUUGACUAGUCCUCCUCAUCUGAUGAGAUCUAUUUCUGUUCUUUGAGUAGUUCUCUCCACUGAUAUGACGAUUUGAAGUGGAUUUGAAGCUGAAAACAUCUUCCUAGCAGUAAUGUUAGCUAUCUAACAAGGAAAAGGCGUUUUUAAACCGUCUACCUGCAAAAAAUUUGACCCCAAAGCAGCGCAGAUGGGAUUCUUCUGGUCUUUAAACGACAAAACCUUACUGAAUAGUCUACUGCAGCAGUAGGAGGCAAAUCGGCAUAUUUACAGGUGUAGUGUUGGGUCUAGCUUUUCAUUUAGGCUGGAGUGUUGCUUUCAGCUAAAAAGUGAGGGCCGUCCAGUUGGACCGUACUUGCCUUUUCAGUUGGCUGGCAUUGACUCGAAACCUGAAAUCUCCCUAAAUGAAAUGUUUUAAACUAUUGUGAAUCUAAACAAUCUGUGCAAUGUGGAUGAAACAUGAUUCUUCUUUCUGAAUCUGUGUGACGUGUUGUCCACGUUCUUUGAAGGCUUUAAUUCACGUCACUAAGAAAAAUGCAUUUAUCACCACAACUUUGCCUUAUAAAGACUCUGAUGUGCUGCUGUUGGGAUUAUUUUUAUUGUAAAUAUGUCUGUGCUCAGGUUUAUGUUUAGUGUGUGUUGAUGUUUGUCACAGUUUGAGUUCAUCUUUCGGUUUCUCUGUAGUUUUAGUGAUGGCCAGUGAAUCUAAUAAAGCGAAUUUUUAAGGUGAA